AUGCUUCUAGGCUCCCCCCUCCGCAUCGGCAUCCUCCACGCGCGCUGGAACGAAAAAAUCAUCUCCGCCCUCCUCACGGGCGUGAAGAAAUCCCUCAAAUCCGCCGGCGUCCCGGACACCUCCAUCACGAUCCAAUCCGUGCCGGGGUCCUACGAACUCCCCUACGCGACGCAGCAGAUGAUCCAAGCCGCGCAGGCGCAGUCCACCGGCGCCUCAGGCCUGAUAGCGUCCGCGACGGAUUUGCUGAGCUCGAGUACGACGGAUUUGACGAGUUUGCCCAAAGCAGGAGGAGGAUCAGAGAAUAAGAAACCGUUUGAUGUCGUGAUUGCGAUCGGGGCGUUGAUCAAGGGCUCCACGAUGCAUUUCGAGUAUAUUUCGGAUGCGGUGAGUCAUGGGCUCAUGCGGGUGCAGUUGGAUACGGGGGUGCCGGUGGUGUUUGGGCUGUUGACGCUUCUGACGGAGGAGCAGGGGCUCGAGAGGGCGGGGAUUGAUGAGGCGGGGAAGGGGCAUAAUCAUGGGGAGGAUUGGGGGGCGGCGGCG